AUGCCCGACCAGGAUGAUGAGGUCGGCGACGACGAUGGGGGGGCGGGCGGUGGCGAAUCGAGCUGCGACAGCGACGCAAGCGCAGAUGAUGAUGCUAGAUAG